AUGAGCCGGACGAACCCUGUGGUCCCCGCCACGAGCGGCACCCGGCCCGACGACGCCGACAGCCCGUCGCACCACUCAUCUCACGCGAUGAACGGCAGCGAAAGGAAAAGCACGGGGGAGGAUGCGGUGCCGGAGAAGUUGAUGCCCGCGCCUAACGAGCCGCCGGCCUCCAACACCAUUCUCGCGAAGUUGAAACGGUGCGUGAUUGUCGUUAUUCCUCCGGGCGGUAUCCUUGCGAGCGCCUUCAACCUUGCGUCGUCGUCGAUUGGCGCUGGCAUCCUCGGUCUGCCCCUGGCAACGAACAGCAGUGGGCUUGUGAUGGCCCUCGUGUACCUCGCGGUCAUCACGUCCCUGACCAUCUACUCGAUGUAUGCUCUUGGCUUGGCAGCGCAGCGAUCGCAGAUCCGCACCUUUGAGGGUGUUGCGUUGACGCUGCUGGGCCGCGGAUUUGCCUUUUUUGCGGCGGGUGUGCGCAUAUUUCACGGAUUUAGCGGCUGUGUCGCGUACGUGAUCAGUGUCGGCGAUAUCUUCAGGAACAUCAUAAGCAGCAGCGACAGCGCACCGCAGUUUCUGAGGGAAUCCACCGGCAAUCGCCUGCUGACGGCCCUGGUGUGGCUCUGCGCGAUGAUGCCACUGGUGAUCCCGAAGCACGUUGAUUCGCUCCGCUACUUUUCCACCUUUGCCGUCUCCUUCAUGAUUUACUUUGUCGUGGUCAUUGUUGUGCACUCGUGUACGCACGGCCUGCCGGACAACAUCCACAAAAUCAGCGUGAGCAAGGACGAUGACGCUCCCGUGGUGCUCUUCAAUAGCGGCAACAAGGCGAUUGAGGGGCUUGGCGUCUUUAUGUUUGCAUACGUUUGUCAAAUCAACUCAUACGAGGUGUACUGGGACAUGACGGACCGCACGCUCACCAGGUUCACUCUUGCCUCCGGGCUGGGCAUGACGCUGUGCUUCCUGCUGUACGCCAUGGUGUCCUUCUUUGGCUACAUGGACUUUGGCAGGAAGGUGGACGGCUCCAUCCUGCUUAUGUACGAUCCACUCCAAGAGCCCGAGGUGAUGGUGGCUUACGUUGGCGUUCUCUCCAAGCUGUGUGCCUCCUACUCGCUGCUCUUCAUGGCCUGCCGCAAUGCCAUUUACCACAUUAUUGGGUGGGAUGCGGAUGAGUUGCCCUACUGGAAGCACUGCAUUGCCGUGACCAUUCUUUCGACCAUUGUUCUAUUUUGCGGCCUGUUCAUCCCGAAGAUCCAAACUGUGUUGGGCUUUGCCGGCUCCAUCACGGGCGGCUCUCUCGGCUUUCUUCUUCCGGCGCUGUUUGCGAUGUACUCGGGGGAUUGGACGUGGAGGAAGGUGGGAUGCGUCCACUACGUGUGCACGUACAUAUUGCUGCUGGCGGGUGUCAUUGGCGUCGUGUUCGGUACUGGUGCGACGAUUUGGGCCACCGCUUGCGGCUAG